AUGGAUAACCAGUUGUUUUGCAAAGCGUCAAAGUGUACCUUCCACGUCACAUCAGUGGAAUACCUUGGGAUAAUUGUCUUGGACAAAGGCUUUAGUCUGGAUAAACUCAAAAUCCAGGCAGUUCAAGAAUGGCCUACGCCCACCAAGGUUAAAGAGGUACAAUCCUUCCUUGGAUUUGCCAACUUCCUCCGCCAAUUCGUUGCCAACUUUAGCCACAUGGCCAGACCGCUACACAACCUGGUCAAGAAAGAUACGGCUUGGAAUUGGGGUCCUAAAGAACAAGAAGCUUUCCAGGGGUUAAAGGAUGCUAUUACCAAUGCCCCAGUCCUAUGCCACGCCAACCCUGCAAAACCUUAUUUCCUGGAAACAGACGCCUCAGGUGCGGCCUUAGGGUCUAUACUCAGCCAACGCCAGGAAGACAGACGGUUACACCCCUUAGGAUUCCUGUCAGAAUCGUUCAAGGGAGCGGAACAAAACUAUGAUACCCACAACAAGGAACUAUUGGCUAUCAUACGAUCCUUUGAACACUGGCGUAUAUUCCUGGAAGGAACUGCACACCCAAUCACCGUGUUUACCGAUCACCGCAAUCUGGAGUACUGGAAGGAGUCAAGAACCUUCAACCGUCGCCACACACAAUGGCACCUUCUACUAGCCGGAUACAACUUCCAGAUCGUCUAUUGCCCCGGGAAACAAUCAGGGAAACCGGAUGCACUUUCACGCCGCCCAGAUCACGCCAACAUCCCUCCAACCAACCAAACCAUGCUCCCAGAUCCUGUCUUUGCCAACGUUGCGCUAGUCUUGCCAGAAAAGGAAUUACAACGCCAGAUCAAGCGAUCCCUAGACCAAGACAAGUCCUUGGAAGAAAUCCUCCAAUUCCUCCAAAAUGAAUCAAAGGCACCACCUUCCAUCAAACGGGCAUUCAAGGAUUAUGAAAUGGAAGCCAGGUUGUUAUUCUACCAAGGACAAAUUGUAGUACCAGAUGUAGGCACCCUAAGGACGGACUUACUACGGAUAUUCCACAAUAGCCCCUUAGCUGGACAUCCUGGUAGACAACAAACCUUGGAAUUGGUCUCGCGCAACUACUACUGGCCUGGCAUCCGUGCAGACACUUAUUGGCACGUGGACUCCUGUGAAACAUGUCAACAAAUUAGGAAGCCCAAGUAUGCGUCUAUCCCACCUCAGCCCCUAGAACUCCCGACUAGACCCUGGCAACACGUUUCUUACAACAUGAUCGUGGACUUACCAAAGGACGGAAACCACAACUCAAUCCUGGUCAUAGUAGACAGCUUCACCAAGUAUGGGGUUUUUGUCAAAUGCUCCAAGAAGCUAAAGGCACCUGAGCUAGCGGAGUUGUUCCUGGAACACAUAUGGAAACGCCACGGCAUGCCGGAGAAAACUAUAUCCGAUAGAGGGAGGGUCUUCAACAAUAAAUUCCUGCGGGCCCUGUACAAACGCCUUGGCAUUGACCCACACUUCUCAUCGGCAUAUCACCCCCAGAGCAACGGACAAACAGAACGAGUCAACCCUUCUAUCAAACACUUCCUCAGGGCUUAUUCAGGGGUCAAUCAACGGGACUGGACUAAAUGGCUCCCUAUGGCGGAGUUCGCAUACAACAAUGCCGUACACAGUAGCACGGGUAAAACCCCCUUCAAAGCGCUGUAUGGAUGGGAACCUACCUUAACCCCAUCCAACGUACCUACAGACGUCCCGGAAGCAGAUGAUCUUGCCCAAACAAUGGAAGUUCAAUGGAAGGAGGUGGAAGCCGCCCUCCGGCAAUCUAAGCAACGAAUGACAGCCGGAGAAGAUGGAAGCCCAAUUGAAUUCGAAAUUGGCAAAGAAGCCUGGUUGGACGCCAAGAAUAUUAACCUUAAAACACUAAGUCCCAAACUAACGGAACAACGUCUGGGACCCUUUAAGGUUAUUGAAAAAAUCUCCGACCAAGCUUACCGCUUGGAACUUCCCCCAACCAUGCGGAUCCACAACGUCUUCUAUGUGGGACUCUUAUCCAAGGUCAAGAGGGAUAAGAAGCGUACCUUUGAAAGUCGUCCCCCUCCAGUCACCGUGGACGGGGAAGAAGAAUACAAAGUAGAGGGGAUAACAGACAUGGAGGAAAGGAACGGAGAAUGGUUCUUCAGAGUCAAAUGGAAGGGCUACGGACCAGAAGAGAACACGUGGGAGCCCCGGGAAAACCUCAAAAAUGCGGGGAAAAUUUUGAGAAAAUAUGAAGAAGAAAUGAGAAAAAAGGCCCUUGGCGCUGCCAAGGCCCUUAGAGGGGGGGCAGUGUUGUAG